CUUGAAUCUGGCUCACGGCCAUUAUCUCAUUGGUAGAAGAAGAAGAAGAAUCUAUUCGUUCGAAGUCCACAUUACCUUGUUCAUUCUGGAGGAACAAAAACGUCGCGUAAAACGUGGGCGGUCUCUUCCAGCGAUGCCGGCUGCGGCAGAGAAGUCGUCCGCGGGGUCGAUGGUCUCCUUCGAGACCGCCCUGACGUCAACUGUAUGUCUGCACGAACCAUCGAAGCCUCCGGUUGUCCCCAAUGGUCACACUAGGUCCCCACCGAACCAUACCUUUUCACCCACGCUUUCUCCGAAGCCUUGCCUCAAGCGCGAUAUUCAACCCAACCAAAAGAAACUUGAAGACUUCGCACGGUCAGGCUCGCACCAGGGUUCGGUUCUGAGUCCGCAAAUGUACACUAUGGAAACAGAACGUCACAAACCGGGGAGUCGUAGGCCCAGGCGAAGGCUCAUAUUUCGCUUGUGUCUGGCAAUGGUGUUGGCAACCGUUGCUGUGCUGGUCGUGUGGAUCCUGUACCGUUCCGUUUUCUUCUCGAGCGACGACCCCGUCGUUCGUGGGCGCUUCGGGGCCGUACGCGGCGUGCGCAUUAAUGUGAAAGACGGUAACACAUUGAUCUCACUCCAUGCCUUCUACGCCAUCCCGUACGCCAAAGCACCUGUUGGAGCCCUGCGGUUUCGGAAGCCCAGCGGAUGGAGUCACCACUUCAUCGACCCAAACUUCAAUGACGGCAACGCAACGUCCGAAAAGGUAAAGAACGCCAGAGAGUAUGACUUAGACGUGAUAGACUGCACCGAGAAGCGUGGUCCUUGUCCACAGAACGGCUUCCUGUACGGUAAUCGGAAUGUCAAACUCGAGAACUGGACCGAGGACUGCCUUCAUAUCAAUAUCUGGGCGCCACCCGCCGACUGUUCUAACCGGCACGUGAAGUGUGGAAACAACACAGUCCUUUUCUUUCUGCAUGGGGGUUCGUUUCAGAACGGAGGCAACAGUUUGGAGUUCUAUGACGGCAGAUACUUGGCAGCGCUGGGUGAUAUGGUGGUGGUGGUGCCAAACUACCGCCUCGGAGUGUUUGGCUUCUUUUGGUCCGACGAUACGACUGACAAGAUCCCUUCCAACGUGGGUCUCGAAGAUCAAGCCCUUGCCCUCUCUUGGACAUUGGAUAACAUAGGUUAUUUUGGAGGAGAUUCUCAGAAGCUGGUCUUGGCAGGAUACGAAGCUGGUGCGACAGCAUUGGGGUUUCACAUGUAUUCUGGUCCAAGCAGCAUCUGGACGACGUCGGCCAGAAGGUUCAUCCUGCUUAGUGGCGGUCCGUUUCGAAAGGUUCACGUCUGCCUGGCCAUAAUAGUAGUCACCAUUGCUGUACUCGUGCUGUCCGUUAUAUACGUCUUCUCCACCCUGAGUCGAAUCGAUGAUCCUGUAAUACACGGGCAUUUUGGAGCAGUGCGUGGUGUCCUCGUACAGGUGCAAGACGAAAACAGAGCGAUUCCACUGUACGCUUUCUACGCCAUCCCGUACGCAAAGGCACCCGUUGGACAGUUGCGUUUUCGUAAGCCUCGAGAACGUGCUCUGAUUGGGCCUCAAUUCCUGAAGCAACAAGACUCCGAGGACGAUGGCGUCCAGCCACAGGGGGAGCAUGACAACGUAAAUGAGACAGCUAACAACCACAAGGGGAAGGGUGAGCCGAGCACUCAUUUCGUGGUGGACUGCCGCAAGAAGCGCGGCCCGUGUCCGCAGAAGGACUUUCUUGUUGGCACUCGGAAGGUAAAGGUGAAGAACUGGUCCGAGGACUGCCUCCACCUGAACAUCUGGGCACCGCCCGUCGACUGUUCCAGUUCACGCCAAUGCGGGAACAACACUGUUCUUCUUUUCCUGCACGGCGGGGCAUUUCAGAACGGAGGCAACAGCUUUGAGCGCUACGACGGCAGCUACUUGGCUGCGUUGGGCCGCUUGGUCGUAGUUGUGCCGAACUAUCGCCUUGGGGUUUUCGGGUACCCCUGGUCUCCUGAAGUGGAUGGCCUUAUACCAACCAAUGUGGGCUUAGAAGACCAGACCCUAGCCCUCUCGUGGACGCUGCAAAACAUUGGCUACUUUGGUGGGAAUCCUAAAAAGCUUGUCAUAGCAGGACACGAGGCUGGCGCCACGGCUUUGGGCUUCCAUAUGUAUUCUACCCCUGACAACCUGUGGAUAACUUCUGCGGACAGGUUCAUCUUGCUUAGUGGCGGCCCCUUCCAAAAGUACCAGGCAACGGCUGCUGGUGCUCUUGGUGAGCUAGCGAGACGGCUUAAGUGCCCUUCUGACGGUCUUGGGUCGCUGCGUUGCCUGCAGCAGGGUGGCGCGUCCCUCGUGGUGAAUGAAGCUCCUGCAUUCUGGCCCUUGUUUGAAAAACCUCCAAUUGAAAGGUCCACAGCCGAGCUAUUCAGUGACCAAGUCAAGGGCAUAGGGCCCCACAACAAAGAAAUCCUUGUCGUCCGGACAGCGCGUGAAGGCUUCCUGCGCAUGUUCCAAGCUGCAAUAUCAGCAGCCCCGUUCACCUGUCCUUCACCGUGGAGGUUAGCGAAGGAACUACUGUCACCAGUGUUCGGAACUCAUCAGUGGAUAAAGGCCUUUGGAGACGAGGUUGACGUACAACUCCUGCACAACAUCACCUUUGCCGAGGCAGAGGCGGCUGUCACGCGCGCUAUGGCAACGUGUCCCAUGCGCUACCUUGCCGACAUUGCGUACACUGCAAAGAAUACAGUUUACGGAUUCGUCCUGGACAAUCGGCGAAACUUCUCUUCGUGGUUCGACAGGGUGGCCGAGGCUGCAGCUUUCGGCGAACUGCACUACGUAUUUGGAAUGCCUCUACGACCAGGCGUUUCUUCGUCGAUAGGUGACAAAAUGCUUUCCAGGAAUAUGAUACGUAUGUUCUCUACUUUUGCAAAGCAGGGGGUGCCGGUUCUUGGGGACACAGCGCUGCCAAAAUAUGUGCAUCAUGGUAUGUUCGUCCUCUUGGAUCGAAGUGACACUGUCCUGCACGAUUCUGUGAAUGAUAGUGCCAUCUGCGAUGAUAUAGUAGAUAUGUAUAAGGCAAAUGGCACACAGCGAUGAUGAUACACACCCCCUCUGCUUUACUAACGUGUACAUGAACUGUAUCUUUCUUGAAUGUUUGAUCGAAUGCGUUAUUCAAUCGCUACAAUAUACGAUGAACAA